CCCUUUAAGCGCAGGACGCCGUUACUAAGGCGGCCCGAGGAGCGGGCAAACUGAAUCGUUCCGGCGACGAACAGCAGCGGUGGCCCGUCGGUUCCGCUCCGGCUCCGGCUCCCGCAGCGCCAUGGCGUUCGCCUGCUUGGAAGAUCCAACAUUGGAGAGGCAUUUCAAAGGGCACCGUGAUGCUGUAACGAGUGUGGAUUUCAGUCUAAAUAAUAAACAGCUAGUAAGUGGCUCUAUGGAUUCAUGCCUGAUGAUCUGGAGUAUGAAACCACAAAUGAGAGCCUACCGCUUUGUGGGUCACAAAGACGCAGUCCUGAGUGUGCAUUUUUCACCAUCUGGCCAUCUGAUUGCUUCAGGUUCUAGAGACAAAACAGUUCGCUUGUGGGUUCCAAGUGUCAAGGGAGAAUCGACUACCUUCAAGGCUCAUACGGCAACCGUCAGAAGUGUUCACUUUUCUAAUGAUGGCCAAUCAUUGGUUACAGCCUCUGAUGACAAAACAGUUAAAGUUUGGGCUGUCCACAGACAAAAAUUCUUAUUUUCACUAAGUCAGCACAUAAACUGGGUUCGCUGUGCGAAGUUUUCUCCUGAUGGAAGAUUGAUAGUAUCAUCCAGUGAUGACAAAACUGUCAAACUUUGGGAUAAAACAAGCAGAGAAUGUAUACAUUCUUUCUGUGAACAUGGUGGCUUUGUGCCUCAUGUGGACUUUCACCCUAGUGGUACAUGUAUUGCUGCAGCUGGCACAGACAACACAGUGAAAGUAUGGGAUAUUAGGAUGAAUAGGCUUCUGCAGCAUUACCAAGUUCACAGUGCUUCAGUGAACUGCCUGUCUUUUCACUCCUCUGGAAACUACCUCAUUGCCGCUUCCAACGAUUCAACUCUAAAAAUACUGGAUUUACUAGAGGGGAGACUGCUAUAUACACUUCAUGGCCACCAGGGACCAGCUGCCUGUGUUGCUUUCUCGAGAACUGGAGAUUUCUUUGCUUCUGGAGGCUUCGAUGAACAGGUAAUGGUGUGGAAAACAAACUUUGAUGCCGCUGAUUAUGGCGACCUGCUGAAAACACGGAAAAGCAAUAUGAAUGUGAACGGCACUGACUAUGGUGAUGCACUGAGAACACAAAGGUCCAGUAUGAAUGUGAAUGGAUCUUCCAACAGUGUGAAACCAAUGGAUACUGGCAGUAGAGAGAUUCAGAAAUCUGGAAUUUACAGACAAGAAAAGCAAUCAGAGAUGGAUUUUGCAGAAGUUACAGAUAAACACAUUCAAGGAACUGAAACGGCAGAAUCCGCCAGAAGACAACAUGAACAAUUUUUAUCCGCCAGAAGACAACAUGAACAAAUUGACGAGACUGGCCUUGCCAGCACCCUCCAGCAUAUUGUGGGACAGCUGGAUGUUCUCACUCAGGUAUGCAAUACUUUCAGGAGUCUCUAUGAAACCUUUAAUAGGGUCAUAAAACUUCUGCAUUUCCUCCCAUUAUUUGUUGAUAGAGCAGGUAUUAAAAGGAAUUACUACUUGAGACUUGUCCUUGAAAUGGAUGCCUUGAAAUGGGAUAUCCCAAAAGAUAUUCUCAACCAAUUCUUCUUUGAUGUGUCUUAAGUCCUUUUCUACUUGUCUAGUCCGCAAAUAGAGGAAAUGUUGUAUCUCAUAAUUCAGCAUGUGUUUCCUAUCGGCCCAAGUUUUAUUUGAUUUAGCAUUGGGGACAAAUGGUGAGGCACGGCCCAUGAGACCCUAGGAACAGUGUUCAUGGCAAAACAAACAUUUGUACUGAACUUCACAAAUGACAGCUUGCGUGUUUUCUCCUACAAGGGCAUUAUCUUAGUAAAGGAAAAAAAACGUCAUGUGCGGUUGGCCCCAUUUGGAAGGUUGUGAGGCAUGGAUUUGUAGUAUCACCAGCUUCCUCUAAAUUAUAAAAUGGGAUAUUGUGCUCAGAAUAGUUUCUCUCUUUGGCAGACAAAGACUCUUUCCCUCUAGUUGUCAUUGGUAUGCAGCUAGCUUUAUUCUAAUUCCGUUGCUUUAUUUGAAUUCUGCAUCUGGGGAGAUCUGUACAAAACAUAGAAUGCGCAGUUCUUCAAAAAGGAACUCAGUUCAUGUUUAUUGUGUGUUUAAUUGUGGUGUUUUUGUGUUGUGAGCUGCCUUGCGUUCCAUCAUGUGCACCGGGAUGGCAGGAUAGAAUUUCUUUUUGAAUUAAGAUUCACUGGCCUAUUCUCAAACCACUGUGGUGGAAGACUGCAGUUGCGGUCAGUGGCAAUACUGUGGAACAGGCCGCUUCCUACCGAGACAAAAGUGUCAAGUGGAGUUUCUGUGUACAUGAUAACAGCAGGACUGUUUUUAUUCUGUUAAGUAGCUUCCAUCUGCCAGACACUAAUUAUUUAGCAAUGAUGAGGCUGUAGUGGUAUUAUGUCCCGCACAGCAAGAUGUUCAUAUGCAGCCUUGCUUCUUCAAUUCCAAUUUUUGCACUUUAGCUGAAGUGUUCAUUUUGUCAGCAGCCUCUGCCUUGUUCUAUCUUGCUGAAUGGGCACUUCCUGACAAGUCAAGCAUAUAUCUCAAACUCCACAGCGACUGAGCGAGUUGGUGGAAUAUCACAUUAAAGAGACUUAGGUCCACCCCGGUCCUGGUCUCUGCAAUUGCUAAAUACAGUAGCAUUAUGGUGAGAUCUUUCUUGCUUGGAGUUACCAGCCAGGAGGCUAGUCCAGGUAACGUUUCCUGGAAGAAUGCAGAACUGGAAAUUCAGUGGCCCAGAGAUUACAGUUGAGUGCUUCCAAGUGGUUAUAGUCCUUGUGUGGCAGGCCAGCUUGUUAGUGCUGCUGCUAUCAGGGAAGCCUGCCAGAGGAGCAUACCUGGCAGUAGCAGCACUCGAGGGAAACGAUGUUGAGGACAUUAUGGGAAACUAAAAUGGCAGGUCCCAGUUGCUCAGACUUUUAUUUGUAACAGCAGUUGGAAACUGCUCUUGUCCCACCUUGCCUUUACAAAAAAGAUCAAGGCGGCUGACACCUGAGAAUUGACUUUAGACAAACAGAAGUUGAUAGGUAGGGGUGUUUGUGUGUGGCAUCCCGGAGUGACAGUAUUCCAUCUGGCAGAUUUAUGUAGCAGAAGGGCUCCCUUAUAAUCGAACGCCUUGUCUCUUGGGUCAGGCUCUGACCACUGGCAGCCGCUAGUGCAUUGAAAUGGUUAGUUAUGAUCUGGAAGUCUCCAGUUCAGACCUUUGCUCAGCCAUGGGGAUGCCUCUCCCACUUCCUUUCUGUAAUAUAGGGAUGAUAAUACAGUCAUACCUCAUGUUGCCUUAGGUUCAUGUUGCGUCUUUUUGGCUUGUGAACAUGGCAAACCCGGAAGUGUAUACUUCUGGGUUUUACCGUGUGCACAGAAGCAUUCUGCGCAUUUCGCACAUGCGCAGAAGCGCUGUAUUGCACUACGCGCUUGCGCAGAAACGCUGCUCUAGUUGCAGACUUUUUGGAGUGCGAACGGCACCCCAGAAUGGACCUGUCUGCAACUAGAGGUACCACUGUAUUGGCCGACCAUACAGGGUGUUUCUGACUAUUACUGAGAGUGUAUAUGAUACAGUGUUUGAAGGAAGUGUUGUAUAAAUACUAAAUGUACUGGGUAAAUGAUCUUUCACACUUCUUUUACAGUUCCUUCACCAGUGCUUAGAAUGGCAUUAAAUGUGAAUAUAUAGGCCUCAACUUGUAUCCUGUUUUGAACCUUUAAAAACCAUAUUAACUGCACAAAUUCACACCUGGUACUUAUCAGAGAUUUCUUACUGUGGCAUUCCUUUGGACAGUGCCAUAAAAGGACCAGCAGAGGGCCCCAAUACCUAACACGCUGUACUGAAAUAUAUAGGUUUAGCUGUAUAUACAUGUGCCUUCUACAUUUGAACUUCAGGGUCAGGUUCUAAUAUGAUUGCUGUAAAUAUGUGCCUUUAUCAUGCAUAGGAGGCUUCAGAUGGAUUAAGGAGGCUGUUAUUGCUGGAUGCCUUAAUUGCUCUCAGGGCAGUCUUAAGCAGGUCGGGCGCCCUGGCGCUGAGGGGCGGAGAUUGCUCUGGCGCCCCCGCCCUCGCAGGGCGCAGCAUGGCUUCCGCGCGGCUUUGCCGCACAGCGCCCCGCCUACCGGCCCGGCGC